AAGGGGAAAGCCUUCUUCCACAUAGAUCUAAGCCAGCUGCCCCUGCUUUAAACGCUGCAAAAAGAGUGGGGAUACGGCGGGAAAACCUGGAGUCUCCCUCCUCUCCACCAGCGUGCACAGAUCACUCCGACAAAAGCCGCUGCCAGCUCAUUAGACGGCAACAUAACCAGCUGCAGAUGGUGGAUUUGUGCUCCCGCUGCUGGUCAGGAUCCUGCAGGAGUUUUUGUACCUCAGAUCUUCAGGAUCAGGAGGGCACUUGCUGCCCUUAAGGGGGGGAGCUGCUUGAGCAGACCGACCUCUGGGGUUAAGUGGAACCUGCAGAGGAGGGGGUUGGCCAGAGGGAACGUGGGAGUUUGGACUCCUGCACUUCUCAAGAAGGAGACGAAGCAGUUGCCAGGAAGCAGGGUAAGAGGAGGAGAUGGCCACGGGAGGGAUCACCACAUUUCCCGCUGCCACCGAGGACGGCGGCAGCAGCAGCUUCCCUCCCGGGAACUUCAAGGACCCUAAGAGGCUGUACUGUAAAAACGGAGGCUUCUUCCUGAGGAUAAGGUCUGACGGGGGAGUGGACGGGAUCCGGGAGAAAAACGACCCCCACAUAAAGCUGCAGCUCCAGGCGACUGCAGUGGGAGAGGUGGUCAUCAAAGGAGUUGGUGCAAACAGAUAUCUGGCCAUGAACAGAGACGGACGGCUGUUUGGAGCGAGACGAGCGACGGAGGAGUGCUACUUCUUCGAGAGGCUUGAGAGCAACAACUACAACACCUACCGCUCCAGGAAGUACCCCAACAUGUACGUGGCGCUGAAGCGAACUGGCCAGUACAAGCCCGGGAACAAAACCUCGCCGGGGCAGAAGGCCAUUCUCUUUCUCCCCAUGUCUGCAAAGUUGUAAGAUCCGGAGGAUCCGACCGGGAGGUGACUGAUGUCUUACUGGAAAAAAAGGAGAUGUGACGCCAGCGGUGAUGGCAUUCAGUCAACAUCGCCCGAUGCAGCUGUGACGUUUUAUUUUUCACCCGAAUAUGUUUCACCUGAAUAUUCAGAUUUACUCUGAGACGCGUUCAGGGCCAGCGACCGUCGACCGAGUAACCCCUGCUCAGCUGGCCCUCGCGUGGAUGAAAACACAAAACCAUUUCUUUGUUGUAGCCAGAGGACCCUAAACCACAAAAAGCAAGACGAAGGCGCCACUUCUAUCAGUUCAAAAUAAUAUUUUCAGACUGACCUGAGCUCAUUUUCAUUUUCC